ACCAAACACAAUUCUUUUUAAGCAGCGAAAGAAAAUACGGAAGAACAAGAUGUUGUGACAACAUAUUUACAAUCCGUGACAAUCAUGUACGUGAGCUCUCUCUUGGAUAAAGAGACCAGCAUGUAUCCAGGAUCUGCAAGGGGUAACAACAACCUGCCAGUGCAAAACUUUGUGUCUGCUCCACCCUAUUCAGACUACAUGGGAUAUCAUCAUGUACCAACUCUGGACACCCAUGGACAGCCUGCGGGAACCUGGGGAUCUCACUACGGCCCACAGCGGGAGGACUGGAACGCUUACGGCCCAGGACCUUCCAGCACGGUUGCUGCUGCACAAAUCAAUGGCUCGUCUCCUGGACAGGUCUCCUACAGUUCUGCUGAUUACAGCUCCCUCCAUCCUGCUGGAUCUGGGGGGUUACCUCCUGUAGAAACAAUUAAUACACAGCAAAUCUCUCCCAACAACCAAAGGCACAGCUCCUACGAAUGGAUGAGGAAAACGGUGCAAGCUAACACUACUGGUAAAACAAGAACAAAAGAAAAGUACCGAGUUGUUUACACAGAUCAUCAGAGACUAGAAUUAGAGAAGGAAUUUCACUGCAACAGAUAUAUUACAAUAAGGAGAAAGUCAGAACUUGCAGCAAACCUGGGACUAUCUGAAAGACAGGUGAAAAUCUGGUUCCAGAAUCGCCGAGCAAAAGAAAGAAAAAUGAUCAAGAAGAAAAUAUCUCAGUUUGAUGGCAGCGGGGGCUCAGCUCAGAGUGACUCCGGUUCACUCAGUCCAAAUGAAAUCUCUGGUUCUCUCUUCCCACCACCACAUGGCAUAAACGGAUUACAGCCUAAUGACAUUCAUCAAGUCAUAGUUUCAGAAUGAACAGAGGAAAAAAAAAACAAACGGAAAAUAGAAAAGUAAGAAUGGAUUUCCCCACCACCCCUCAACUCAACUUUGCAAAAGAUCACUGUCAUUUAACUGUCUUCAGAGUGCCAAUUUCUAUGUACAGGACCUGGGACUAUUAUAAAAAUAUUUUAAUUAUUGCAGAAAUCUCAGGGAACUUGCGCUGCUAAGAUUCAUCACUCAAAAUCUUUUGAGUAGGAGGUAAUUUGCUUCAGACACUGACACAAAGAAUGAUACAACUGAAGAGCCAAGUAAACGUAGUUCUAGUCUGCUCAUAUAUAUACACAGAAAACUAAGUGAACUGAUUAUAGAGAACUAUUGCAAAAAAAUAUAAGAUGCUGGGUGUAUUUCGUUUGUUACAUUUUAUAUAAUUAGAGUAAACUGUAGAUGUUAAU